CCUCACGAUGAUCUUGUAUUGCGACCACUAUAUCAUUCUCCAUAAGCCCUAAACCUUUCGCUAAAAAUUCACAAGACAAAGUGCAACAAUGGCCACUGAUCCAAAAGCGGGAGAGACUCUCCCUCCGCCACUGGAUUCUACUUCAAACCCACCUUCUCUUUUCGAUGGAACCACCAGGUUGUAUAUAACUUACAGAAGCCCUUUUGCCCAGCGUGCAUGGAUCACUAGGAAUUGCAAGGGACUGCAAGACGAGAUCAAGUUGGUCCCUCUCUCUCUCACCGACAAGCCUGCUUGGUAUAGAGAGAAAGUUUACCCCGUCGACAAGGUGCCAUCUCUGGAACAUGACAACAAGGUCAUAGGAGAGUCUCUUGAUUUAAUGAAGUAUAUUGAUAGCAAAUUUGAAGGGUCAUCUCUUUUCCCCACUGAUCUCACGAAAAGAGAUUAUGGUGAAGAGUUAUGGUCAUACUCCCUCAAAUUCAUUGAAACAAUGUAUUCAGCGCUGAAUGGAGAAACAGUUAAAGAAUUGGGUCCUCCUCUCGAUCACUUAGACAGUGCCCUUCAGAAAUUCGAUGACAAUGGGCCAUUCUUCCUUGGCCAGUUCAGUUUGGUGGACAUAGCUUUCAUACCGUUUGUCGAAAGAAUCCAGUCACUCUUAUCAGAUGUGUGGAAGCACGAUAUCACGUUGGGAAGGCCGAACUUAGCUUCCUGGAUAGAGGAGAUGAACAAGAUUGACGCGUACACGCAGACCAAGUAUGAUCCUCAAGACAUCAUCGCAUAUAUGAAGACACGCUUCUUGGUUAAGCAUUGAGACCUGAGUACACAAGCCGUAAUUUUUAUGUCUGAUGGCUGCGAGAGUUUCGACUUCGCGAGAUGCUGCUGUACUUUUUGCUAAGGCCGUUAUAAGUCUCAGUCCCAUAUGUUGUGUUGCAUUCUUACUCGCUUGAAUAAUAUUUGGAUAAAUAAUGAGUGUACUGUAUUGGUCACUUCUGCUUUAAUCUACGAAUGUGUGCAAUCAAAGACUUGAGAUUGUAUCGUCAUUUCUUCAAUUUGGUUAUUGCCAUCUUUUCUCUUCUGAACA